AUGGCUGCUUCACAGGGACGCCUUCAGUCUGCAGAGUUGGAUGCCGACUGUAUAUCUGUGGAGACUCUACCUCAGUACGACUUGGUCGCCCCAGAAGGAGCCGACUUCGUCCAAGAUGAUGGUCGGAUUGAGCUGAAUCUCGAUUCACGCGCGUGCAAUGCGGCCCUGAAAUUCAUCCAAUGGCCGUGCGAGGAGGAUCUAGUUCAACCACCUCCAGAGUAUACAGACUCUUUACCCCCUGGGAUUCGGCUUAACAUUGUUAUUCAGGUGGUCGGAAGUCGAGGCGAUGUGCAACCGUUCAUUGCGUUGGGAAACGAACUACAGAAGCACGGCCAUCGCGUGAGGCUAGCAACACAUGAUAUCUUCGACUCCUUCGUCCGAGGAUCAGGUCUGGAGUUUUAUCCUAUUGGUGGAGACCCUGCCGAGUUGAUGGCUUACAUGGUCAGAAACCCUGGACUCAUUCCCAAGAUGAAGAGUCUGAAGGCAGGUGAUAUCCAGCGGAAACGAGCCAUGGUGGCAGAGAUGCUGGAGGGUUGCUGGAAAUCAUGUAUAGAAGAUGAUCCGACUACGCAAGCCCCAUUUGUCGCAGAUGCGAUCAUUGCAAAUCCUCCCAGCUUUGCUCACAUACACUGUGCGCAGGCUUUGGGCAUUCCAUUACACCUGAUGUUCACCAUGCCUUGGAGCCCAACCUCCGCCUAUCCGCAUCCUCUAGCUAAUUUGAAAUACUCCGGGACUAAUUCAAAAUUCGCGAACUCGGUGUCGUAUGGGAUUGUUGAAUGGAUGACAUGGCAGGGCCUUGGAGACGUCAUCAAUGAAUGGAGGGAAACCAUAGACCUUGAGCCUGUUCCUACUGGCGAAGGACCGAAUCUAGCGCAAACGCUCAAAGUACCAUUCACAUACUGCUGGUCGCCCGCACUACUGCCAAAACCUGAAGAUUGGCCGUCAUAUAUUGAUGUGUGCGGCUUCUUUUUCCGUGAUCCACCCAACUAUAACCCCCCUCCUGAACUUGACGCUUUUCUAAAGGAGGGACCACCGCCGGUCUAUAUUGGCUUUGGCAGUAUUGUAAUACACAAUCCACCUCGAAUCACAGCCAUACUUGAGCAAACUGUCCGAUCCCUCGGAGUCCGAGCUAUCAUAUCCCGCGGUUGGAGUAGUCUUGGGGGCCACUCAUCGAGCGACAUUUUUUAUCUAGGAGACUGUCCUCACGAAUGGCUUUUCCAGCACGUUUCUGCUGUUGUACAUCAUGGUGGUGCUGGAACGACAGCAUGUGGCUUGCGAUAUGGAAAGCCUACUGUGAUUGUUCCUUUCUUUGGGGACCAACCAUUCUGGGGCAAUAUGAUUGCAGCAGCGGGUGCUGGCCCAAUACCAAUUCCACAUCGUUCUUUGACCGUGGACAACCUUGCCAGCGCAAUUCAAUACUGUUUCGAACCACAAGUAUUGAAAGCCGCAAAGGAUAUUUGCCGCAGAAUGAUGAAUGAAUCUGGUGUCCAACGAGCGGUUGAAUCUUUCCACCGCAACCUGCCCUCGGAUACAAUGCGAUGUCAGAUUUUUUCUGACCAACCGGCAGUGUGGGCAUACAAGAAAUCUUCUGGAAGGCCUAUCCGCCUCUCUAAAAUGGCCACACAGAUUUUGUUAGACCAUAUGCGGCUUGAGGAGAGGAAUCUACAUUUGUUCGAAGCACGCUCGAUCAUUAUCCAAAAACGCAGAUACGACCCGGUCAGUGGCACGACUUCAGCACUUAUUAAAACGAGUACAAAUUUUUUGAAAGCUACAGCGGACAUGUUCGUCAAGCCGUAUCAGGAGAUGAGCCGAUCGAGCCCGGGCAGGCCUCGAUCGAACAGUGAUCCAGGUGUCCCAACACUGUUGAGAGCUUUCCAAGACACUUCAGCGUCAGAUCACAACUCGAUAGGCCCUGAAACGGAGACAGGUAGUUCGAGAAGAAAUUGGAGCAAAGGUGGUGCAGCAAUAACAGCGUCGGCUAAAAGUCUUGGGCGGUCUAUCGGAGUCUACUACAAAGGCGUAUUGGUGGACAUCCCCCUGGCAACCACAGAAGGUCUACGUGCGAUUCCUCGGUUAUAUGGCGAGGAUGUUAAAGAUUACGCAGUCCGAGACUGGAAGUCCGGCGCAAUUGCAGGAGGGAAGAACUUUACCGAAGGUAUGAAAGAGGGCUUUACCGAUAUUUGGACUCAGUCAUGGAAAGGCGGUGCAGAAGACGGGGCUCUUGGAGUCGCCAAAGGUAUUAUGAAAGGGACAAUCAGUUUUUCGACAAAGGUUCCAUCAGCGGCUUUAGGUCUUCUGGCGUACCCGGCCCAUGGACUUUGUAAGAGCAUACACACAGCUAGGAAAUCGAAAACGCGGAAACAAAUCGUCAAAUCUCGAUACAAAGAAGGAUUGUAUAUAGUCCGACAUAUGGUAAGGCAUGAUCUGGACCGCGGGUCGGUGAUCCAGUCAUUUGAUAUUCUUAAGCGAGAAGCCCAGAGGCGUUCGUGA